AUGACCGUUAGAAAUAAGCAAAAUACAUUUACUGACUUAUUACUUUAUUAUUAUAAUCAUAAUAUUUAUAAAGGAUAUGAAUUUGGUCAAGAAAUUAAUAUAGAAUGUAAAGAUUUAAAAGGAAAUUGGGGACCUGCUCCAACUUGUAUAGAUACAAAGUCAGAAUUGAAGUUCUUUUAUGGUAGAGAUGUAUUCAUGCAUUGCAAUAUCUUGGUGGAUACAGAGGAAUUUUACAAUAAGCUGGUGGAAUAUGCCAGUCAGAACGAUGCUUGGCAGUGUAGAGUGUUGGUCAGUCCCGACGAGACCCUAAAGAUCUACUAUCCACUUCAGAUUCCCAUUUGGGGAAUACAGCAAUCGGAUCACAUCGACAUUGCGGAGCAUAUCAACUUUUUGUUGCACGCCGACGAAGGAUUGAUCACCGGUGUCUCUAUCUAUCCGGUGCAGGAUCGUCACGUCAGUGUUCGUCCAAAGUCAGUGUUCCUCAUGCACGGACACACCAAGUGGUUCAAAGGUGCGUCGUUCGAGGAGCUUGCAAUGACGGCACCCGAUGCCGACUCUCAAGAGAUGCUGAUGCCACUCAUCAAGAAAUCAAACUACAUUCCCAUCAUCAUCUACUGUCUCUUCACACUGCUACUCUCUAUCAUACUUGGAUCGAUUCUCUAUAAAUUCUAUUAUCGUGAUGAUCAUGAUCCAAAAGGCGAAGCUUAA